UCCAGCAGCUGCUGCUGGGAGGGGAAAGAGGGAGGCAGCAGGUGCUGGGGGAAAAGGAAGCGGAAUCGGAGCCCUAGAGGAUCCUGCAUGAUUUCUCCUUCCCAAACCUGACGUGAUCGUCCAGCUGGAAAGAGGGGAAGAACCGUGGGUCCCGGAUCUCCAGGGCUCUGCAGAGAGGGAGAUGUCGAGAGGUACCUGCGCAGGUGGGGAGCCAGUGAAAUGGACAUAGGGAACCAUCAGCUGAGAUUCACUCAAAAACCUCCAGGUGAUGGUACAGUGAGUGAGAACCAGGAGAGAAAUUCUCAGCAGGAUGGUCCUGAGCAAGUGGAACCCCAUGGGACAUUAUCAGGAAGAACUGAAGGGCUUGUCUCCCAGGACCCCGAGCGGGGAGAAGGCUGUGGGAUUCAGCACAGGCUAAAGAGGCAGCAGGGAAAUCCUCCAUCGGAGACAGGUGGCAAAUCUAACAAUGGUGUGGGGGGUUGCAAGGGCCUUAAGGAAACCCCAGCCCAGCCGAGAAACCUCAAGGGGGAGAGGAGACACACGUGUACAGAGUGCGGGAAGAGCUUCAAACGGAGCUCCAACCUUAUCACCCAUUGGCGGAUCCACACCGGGGAGAGGCCCUACAAGUGCUUCGACUGUGGGGAAAGCUUCAACGUGAGUUCUAACCUCAUUGCGCACCGGAGACUCCACACGGGGGAGAAACCUUAUACGUGCCCCGACUGCGGGAAAAACUUCAUCGUGAGCUCGCAGCUCACAAUACACCAGAGGAUCCACACGGGAGAGCGACCCUAUCAGUGUCCCGAGUGCGGGAAAAGCUACAUCCAGAGCUCAGCCCUGGUUAAGCAUCGGAGAACCCACAUGGCAGAAAAACCCUACAAGUGCCCCGAAUGCUCAAAAAGCUUCACUGUGAGCACCGCCCUUAUUAGACACCAGAGACUGCACAUGGGCGAGCGAUCCUAUAUGUGUCCUGAGUGCGGAAAAAGCUUCGGUGUAAACUUGGACCUUAUCCGACACCAGAGACUGCACACAGGAGAGAGGCCUUAUAAAUGCCUGGACUGUGGGAGAAGCUACACGCAAAGCUCAGCUCUGAUUAGGCAUCAGAGAAUCCAUACAGGAGAAAAGCCUUAUAAAUGCCCCAGUUGUGACAAGAGCUUCAUCCAAAGGUCAAAUCUGAUUAAACACCAGAGAAUCCACACAGGAGAAAAGCCGUAUAGAUGCGACGAAUGUGGAAAAUGUUUUAGCACCAGCUCAAAUCUCGUAACGCAUCAGAGACUCCACACUAGAGUCUAUUAGGACUGACCAAAGGAGAUAACUUACAUUUGUCAGUUGCCAUCUUGGGUGUUAUGUGUGUUGAUCUCGUGUUUAACCAGGCAAGACCGAUCCAAAUCAUCUGGCUCAUGGAGAUUCUGCCUAGCUCUGCAGCCCCAUGCCAACCUCUACAAUUCUGGGUACUGCCUGUAUACCCUGGACUCUAUGCCACCCUGUGAAAACUCAGAACUUCUCUGCCUGCCAGGGAUUUAGAUGGUGCAUCUCUGCAUUCUCAGCCCCAUCCCUGCACAAUGGUGGGCAUACACCCAGACAGCCCUGUGUAAACUGUGGGUUAGGCUCUGUCUCCAUCAUGUAACCAAAUAUCACCCGAAAAAGAGUCUUGAAGAUACAAGAUGGGAGCCACCACACAAAAAUGUUCCCUGCUGGGGUUGAGGGUUCUUCCUCCUGUUUUGGUCUUAGGUCCUUCUCCAGCUCUGUUCUUCCUGUUCAAACCCAGUGUAGUGAAAAGGGAUUGGGUAGUGUCCCUUUAAAUUGUAUAUGAGGGCCUUUGCUGGCCCUCACUGUAUUCCCUGAGGCCAGAGCAGUGGUAUAGGUAUGUACAUAGGUCUUGCAUGUUGAAUAUACGUACAAAACACAGCUAUUUGGACUCCACUGUGCUUGUGUAGUUUCUCCACAUUACGUAUGUUACAUAAAGAGCAAAAGACACAACAGUUGUUGAAAGGAUGGGAUCCUAAUCCAGGAAUAGAGUGAAGUAGACAGUGACUGCACUUAAGAACAGCCAUACUGGGUCAGACCAAUGGUUCAUCUAGCCCAGUAUCCUGUCUUCCACAGUGGCCAAUGCCAGGUACUUCAGAGGGAAUGAACAGAACAGGUAAUCACCAAGUGAUCCAUCCCCUGUUGCCCAUUCCCAGCUUCUGGCCAACAGAAGCUAGGGACACCAUCCUGGCUAAUAGCCACUGAUGGACUUAUCCUCCAGGAACUUAUCUAGUUCUUUUUUGAAUCCUGUUAUAGUUUUGGCCUGCAUAGAUAUAGGUUGACUGUGUGUUGUGUAAAGAAAUAUUUAAUUUUGUUUGUUUUAAACCUGCUGCCUAUUAAUUUCAUUUGGUGACCCCCUCGUUCUUGUGUUAUGAGAAGGAAUAAAUAAGACUUCCUUAUUUUCUUUCCGCACACCAGUCAUAAUUUUAUAGACCUCUAUCAUAUCCCCCCUUAGUCAUUCUUUUUCUAAAAAGUCCCAGUCUUAUUAAUCUCUCCUCAUAUGGAAGCUGUUCCAUACCCCUACUCAUUUUUGUUGCCCUUUUCUGUAUCUUUUCCAAUUCCAAUAUAUCGUUUUUGAGAUGGAGCAACCACAUCUGCACGCAGUAUUCAAGAUGUGGGCGUGCCAGGGAUUUAUAUAGAGGCAGUAUGAUAUUUUCUGUCUUAUUAUCUAUCCCUUUCCUAACGAUUCCCAAUAUUCUGUUUGAUUUUUUGACUGCUGCUGCACACUGAGUGGAUGUUCUCAAAGAAACUUGCUGGGGCUGUAAGUUAACUGUUCAUUUAGAGAUUAUUUAAGUAAAAAAUGUGUAUCUGUUUGGGGGAAAUGGAUUUGUUUGAGAGCUCAGUAGAGAACUUGUCCACCUGUAUUGAGAGACUGAAACAAUCUAUAAUUUCUCGUAACAUAACUGAUGAAAGAAAGGUGGCAUCUAUUAAACCUACCAAAAAAAAAACAAACAAAAAACCAAACGUUGCUGAGAGGUGAAAACUCUAUAAAGAUCUAGGUCAUCUGGCAAGGUCUAACAAUGCAAAUCCUUGCUCGGAGUUUAGUGUAGUGGCCAGGGAUUGAUACAUACAGUGAAAGCUGUGUUAUCUCGCACUUUAUCAAAUGCAAAGCUCUAUUCUGAUCUCUCUCAAUACAAAUCUUCAGUCUAGUAACCGGGACUAGUAAACUGCCCGGGAGGUUAUGCAAUUGCACAUUCUGCACUCUGCUUUUAUGCAAAAGAGGCAGAAGACAAGUCGGCCAGUUGAUAUGAGGAAUUUAUUCAAAAAAGCAGCUUCCAGGGUGUGUCAUAGGGUCAGUAUAGCUUCAACCCAAUCUCCUACACCUUCUACAGUGAUAAUUGAUGUUGAUAAUGCCAAC